UGGAGGAGGGGGGCCCCUCAGCCUCAGCGAGGAGGCGACUUUGGAUCCACAUGAACACAUUCGCAGAUGUCUCACCAUGCGUUCUGACAGCCUGCCUCCACCACAGCCAUCUCACUAAUCAGAGAGCAAGAAAAAAGGACAGAGAGGGCAAGCAUCACCCCGUUGUGCCUUCUUCUCGCCUACAUCCAUCCUUCAUUAGUCUUUAGUCGUGAGAGGUGUGGAGAGAAAGAGAGCGUGUGUAUGCCAGAAAAGGACAUCAGGAAAAUACGCCGGCAGCUUACGUCCUCAAGCAUCAGAUUAUUGAAUCCUGCUUUCCUCAAUGCUGGACUCUGAACAUUCCCAGCAGGAGAGAAAUAAGGACAUGAUUAGAAGGCAGUCUGCAAUUUGAAAGGAAACAAAGGAAGGAGGAAAAACAAGCUGGCAAUAGAGUAGAUGGUUUGAAUGAAUGAAGCAGAAUGUGGAGGGAAUAGAGCUGCCUGAACGAGCCGCCUGCUCUGAGGACGUGACUGGACACGUGGUGUGUAUCCCAGCGGUUCCCAGAGACAGAUCUCUCUCAUCCCCUCCUUUACCCCUCUGUAAAGAUGUGUUAGGAUUAAGCCCUGGGAUUACUGAAAGUGUGCACAGCAUCUGCAGUAGGAAGAACACGCAGUCGAUCACCCAUCACCGACGUUACACUCGUCCGCCAGGUUGAGUUUGGCGAAGCAAACCGUUACGCAAGGAGAUGUGGGCAAUAUCAGCUGAAAAAGUGUCCACGGAACCACAUUUCGAAAAUCUGCCGGAAAUACUGUAGUAGAGCAUCCGGGUUCUGUUCUUUGCUGUAUAAGAUGACCUGGGCGGUGAUGGCCUGGUGCGAAAUCUCUAACAAGCGGCUUUUGGAGCUGCACGUCCAACACACAUCUGUCCAUCGCUUAUAACCACGGGUAAUGACCAGGCACAGAAUCAACCCUGGAGAUGCCGAAGAGAAGAGACAUUCUUGCCAUCGUGUUAAUCGUGUUACCUUGGACUCUGCUCAUCACUGUGUGGCACCAGAGCGCCAUCGCCCCCCUGCUCGCUAUCCGCAAGGCUUGUCACCAUCUAGUUAAAGAGAUCUUUAUCAUACCCGAGCGGCUAAUGGUCCAACGGCACCGCCUGUCAGAUGAUGGAACCGGUGAAGGCAGACGCGACGCAGGAAGUCAAACAAGCGACUCGAAGGAGUUCUGCUCCUCUGAUAAGGACAUAGUGGAGGUGGUACGCACCGAGUACGUGUACACACGGCCACCUCCGUGGUCCGAUGCCCUGCCUACCAUCCACGUCAUCACGCCAACCUACAGCCGGCCAGUGCAGAAGGCUGAGCUCACUCGGCUCGCCAACACCUUCCUGCACGUCCCCAACCUGCACUGGAUCCUGGUGGAGGAUGCACAGAGGAGGACGCCGCUGGUCACACGUCUGCUGAGGGAGACUGGCCUUAACUACACGCAUCUGAACGUUGAGACGCCUCGUAACUACAAGCUGCGAGGGGAUGCACGGGAUCCCAGGAUCCCACGGGGAACCAUGCAGCGGAACCUGGCUCUCCGGUGGCUACGGGAGACCUUUAGCCCCAACAGCACUCAGUCAGGCAUCGUCUACUUCGCUGAUGAUGAUAACACCUACAGCCUGGAGCUAUUUGAAGAGAUGCGCUCCACGCGUAAGGUGUCCGUUUGGCCAGUAGCUUUUGUUGGAGGCUUGCGCUACGAGUCCCCCAAGGUCAACGCCGCUGGCAAAGUGUACGGAUGGAAAACAGUGUUUGAUCCUCACCGACCUUUUGCUAUUGACAUGGCGGGAUUCGCCAUCAACUUGCGUCUCAUCCUGUUCAAACCGCAAGCCUAUUUCAAACUGCGGGGGGUUAAGGGGGGCUACCAGGAGAGCAGCCUGCUCCGAGAACUCGUCACUCUCAACGACCUGGAACCGAAAGCUGCUAAUUGCACUAAGAUUCUCGUGUGGCACACAAGGACAGAAAAACCUGUCCUGGUGAAUGAAGGCAAGAAAGGUUUCACAGAUCCAAAUGUGGAAAUCUGACAUGUUCUUCAACACUGGCACUUGGAUCAUUCGAGGCCCUACAGGAACAAAGAGGCAGCAUCUCAGAACCUAACCUUCAGACAUGAUUUCUUGUUCCUGCUCACUGCAGAAAAAUGAACUGACUACCGUAAUUAAAUCUUUCAAAGCACAGAUUGGUUCAACAAGGCAAUAUCUCGCGGUAUUUUGUAGGUAAAGCUGUUUAUGAUUGUAGAAAAAGACAGGAAGUGAAACAGCAAAACAUCGAAGCAUCUGUUCUCAAGCAACACACACGCAAACAGCAGAGAUGCGAGGUCCCUGACUCUUCCCAGAACAGGAGUGUAUUACCGAAAAAGACACACUGGAUUUGGACGAAUCAUCUCAAUCUGGUUGCUCUUAAUAAUAAAUAAAUAAACUCACAGACAGAACUCUUUUCAGAGAUUAACACCUGCAGUACAUAGAAGGGAAUGUGUUCUUCUGUUUGGUUUUGUUUUCUUAUCUUAACACAAUGUCUCCUGUUCAUUCAAUGUCCUUAUGUCCGUCGUGUUCAUUCUCUUGCUAGUUCGGAACUACUGACUUGUUGUUCUCUGCUUGACUAAAAUACAGGUUCUCAAAGUG